UGCAAAAACUAUAUUUAACUGUGACGGUAAAAAAGAUGGCUAAAGGAUCCUCUUAACUUAACCAUUCUGCAUAUAUGUGUAUAAUGUGUAUAAAUAUACUCAAUCAGAAACGAUACGUCGAAACGAUAUCGAAUCGACAUUGACACCUUCAACUUUCUUAGUAGCACAGUGCAUUAAACAAACAUUGGUUAAUCAUUGACCCAAUAUUUGGUUGUGUUGGGCCAACGAUUCGAUAUCAUUUCGACUUUGAUCGACAAGUCAUUUCUUACUGGAUCAAGGCACGUGCAAACUGAGUACAAUGGCAAUCAUAACGGCUUAUUGGGGCCUAGACGGCAUGAUAGUUCUGACGACUCUCAUUAUAGCUGCCUAUCUUUAUAUGACACGCAAAUUUAACUACUGGAAAAAACGAGACGUCUCAGUAGCCCUUCCACCGAUACCAUUUUUGGGCAAUUUCGCAGACUGUCUACUCCUAAAGAAAUCUCCUGGAAAUUUUCUGCAGGAACUUUAUAUUCAAGGAAAGGGAUCUCCUUACAUCGGCUUUUACAUAUUAGACAAACCGGCUCUGUUAAUUCGCGAUCGGCAGCUUGUUAAAAUGGUUUUAGUAAAGGACUUCAAUUACUUCGCUGACCGAUACGCCUCACCUGAUAUAGUAAAUGAUCGUCUGGGUUCUGCCAAUCUCUUUCUUAUCAAAAAUCCAGCCUGGAAAAUUUUGAGAACGAAAUUGACGCCGUUCUUUACGUCCGGCAAGAUGAAGAAAAUAUUCGAACUGAUGCUGGAAUGCGGAAAGGAUCUAGAUACGUAUCUCGAAUCGCUGAAAUUGGGAGAUAACGAAAAGGAAAUAGAUAUAAAGGACAUAACCGCCACAUAUGCUACAGACAUAAUCGGCACUGCUGCCUAUGGAUUUAACGUGAAUUCGUUGAAUAAUCCAGACGCUGAGUUUCGAAAACAUGGCAGAACAAUUUUUAAUUUCAAUAUUAUUCGCGGUGUGGAGUUUAUAGCAAUAUUUUUCCUUCCAAGUGUAGUUAAAAUGAUCGGUGCGAAAAUGUUCGGUAAGAAGAACUCUGACUUCUUACGUGGAGUCUUUUGGGAGAUAAUCAGUCAACGCGUAAAGUCUGGCGGAAAGAGAAAUGAUCUCAUUGAUAUCCUUAUUGAACUGAGAAACACUUACGGAGAUCAGGACAUGGGAGGAUUUAAAUUUGACGGGGACGAUCUACUAGCUCAAGCAAGUAUUUUCUUCACGGCUGGUUUUGAAACCUCUUCGUCGACAAUGUCUUUCACUUUGUACGAAAUCGCAAUGAACCCCGAAAUACAAGACAGACUUAGAAAAGAAAUUCUUGAUGCGCUUGAUGAAACAGACGGCAAAAUCACAUACGACAUGAUCGUGUCGUUACCGUAUCUAGACAUGGUGGUAUCUGAGACUUUGAGGAUGUAUCCGCCAUUGCCAUUUCUAGAUCGCGUGACAAUGGACGCCUACAAGUUGCCGAAUUUCGAUCUAAAGCUCGAAAAGGGCACACCGAUUUAUAUCUCAAUGUCUGGCAUGCACUAUGACCCGGAAUACUUUCCUGAUCCACACAAAUUCGACCCGGAGCGAUUUACAGAGGAGAACAAACGUAACAGACCAUCAAAUGUGUAUUUUCCAUUUGGAGAGGGCCCACGCGUAUGCAUAGGCACUCGUAUGGGACUUUUACAAACAAAAUUAGGAAUCGUUACAAUGUUGCGCAAGUACGAGUUUCUACCAAGCGAAAAAACUCUAAUACCAAUGGUUCUCAAUCCGAAAGCUUUCUUGACGACACCAUUAAAUGACGGUCUAUAUCUCAACAUCCGAAGAGAUAUUUGCGUUUGUUUAUUAAAAUUACUCACCGUAUUAUCGUUUCGACAUCAAUCGACGUCAUUUUCAACGAAGUCAUUUUUUACUGGAACAGCUUUACUGGCUGAAGCCGGCCAACAAGUAGCAGUUACAUAACAUCAAUAUUAUAAUGUCCUAUUCAACAAUAUAAAUGAAAUAUAACACGCAUGUCAUCGUUUAUAACAACCCAGUAAACACCAAGUAGCACAGUUACAUUACAUCAAUAUUAUAAUUUGCUACUCAACAAGGUAAAUGUAAUAUAACAUGUGUAUUAUAUAACAUUUUUUACGUUUUGACGACGUUUUGACGAAUUAUUUCUAACUAGGAUUGCACAGUGCAUUGUUAUUCGCUUUCUUGUGAACAAAGCCGACAGACUGGUUUAAAUUUUGUGAAGGCUUUCCCAGUUUGGAGAACAAACUCUAAAGAAGAUACAGAUAGAUAAAUGGUGUGCACGCGUCUUAAAUAAAGAGCGCAAAUCUGUUUAGACGUCAACUUUACCACUCAUAAUUUUGUCAUUUUUCCUGUGUAAAAAUUAAGUUGUGUCUGUGACAUGGGCGUCUCUUGUAGCUUGCGAGACAGACUUUAUAUAUAUUAAUAAUAGAUUGACUUUCUUUGUAUAAAUACUACAUAGUAGUCAUCUAAUAUAAAUUGAGCAUUAGCAAUUUUACCUGUUUUUUUUUUGUAAAAUACUUUUUGGCUUUACUUACAAAAUUGACUACUGAUAAAUUAUUCCUAAAGGAAUUUUAAAUUGUAAUGCUUAUUUUUAAGUGCGUUUUAUAUGUCAAUAUAAAUAAAUAAUAAAUAUUUGCAAA